CAUGUCCUGAUGACAUACAUGCCUUGCGGAUGUACAACUUAUCGCAUCCUGUAUCGAUAUACGUUGAGUCUAAAAUACUUUUGUCAUGAUCACGAUUUGAUCAGUUGAUUGCAAAUCAAUUAUAUGUGAACUUGUCUACAGAUUAAAAGCAUGUACAGAAGUGUUAUAAUUUUGCUCUUGGUCACAGAGGUGUUUUCACUUUUACGGGAAGACAUAGAUAAAGAAUGGAAUAUCUUCAAACUGAAAUAUAACCGUACAUUCCUGUCGGAUGUAGAGGAAAAUUACCGGUACUCGGUUUUCACAGAAAGCAUCCAGGCGGUCCAUUUACACAAUAUGGCAGCCAGCAAGGGGCGAUACUCUUUCUGGUUGAAUAUCAACCAUUUUGCUGACAUGACUGACGAAGAAUAUGAAGAUAAGAUGACAGGUUUGGCUGUCGACAUUUCAAAUAAAACAUCUGAAAUAUCUGAAGUGAUACAAACAAAAAGUAGUUACAACGUAACAUCUUUGCCGACAGAAGUAGACUGGAGAAAUGAAAAAUGUGUAACGUCUGUCAAGAACCAGGGAGCUUGUGGCAGUUGUUAUGCAUUUUCCACAACGGGUUCCCUAGAGUCUCACCAUUGUCUGAAAAGUGGAGCACUUGUCUCACUUUCUGAACAGAACAUUAUAGACUGUACGGACAACAAGAAAUACCAUAACAAAGGCUGCAAAGGGGGCUUGAUGGACCACGCCUUCCAGUAUAUCAUUGACAAUGGCGGUAUAGAUACUGAAAAAUCGUACCCUUACAGUGAAGAGGUUGGUCGCUGUAUGUUCGAAAAGCAAGCAGUUGGGGCUACUGUUCAGUCAUACAGAGAUGUACUUCCACGUGGUGAUGAAUACGAAUUAAAGAAAGCAGUUGGUAGUGUUGGUCCAGUAUCGGUAGGAGUGGAUGCACGAGGGCUACUGUUUAGACUGUAUUCGUAUGGCGUGUACGACAACUUCAUGUGUAGUUCUAAAAAACUCAACCACGGCAUGUUGAUAGUUGGGUAUGGUACUACCGGCGAUGGGAUAGAGUACUGGCUAUUAAAGAACAGCUGGAGCACGUUCUGGGGUCUGGAUGGAUAUAUGAAGAUGAUCCGAAAUAAAGGAAACAGAUGUGGAAUAGCUUCUCUUGCUAGUUAUCCUAUUGUCUGAUAAACACGUGAAACACUAUUGCCAACAGUUUCUGUCAUGUUGAUUGAUAAACAUACGGAACACUAUUGCCAACUAUCAUGUUGAUUGAUAAACAUACGGAACACUAUUGCCGAUUAUCAUGUUGAUUGAUAAACAUGCGGAACACUAUUGCGUACUCUCAUAUAUUUUGAUAAAUGUACAAAACAUUAUUGCAUACUAUUAUGUUAAUUGAUAAACACACGAAACGAUGCUGCCUGCUAUCUUUUUGUUUGAUAAAGACACAGGACAUUAUUGCCAUCUGUCCAAAAUGUUUUGAAAUUAACUAGACAUUGUUUGAAUAAAGGAGACAUUAUUGCCAGUUGACAUAUUGUUUUACAGAUAAACAUAAUAAAACCUUAUGUACCCACAA